GCGGGCCGUCGCCCAUGUGAUUCGUUUCUCCUGAAAGAAAUGCAAAGCUUUUCAGAUUUUGGGGGCGUAGCAGAUUGACAUUUCGUUUGACACCGGACUCACUUAAAUAUCGAGCCUGCUGGCUGAAAGUACACACAUCCAUCCACAUAAGGACAGAAAAGACAACAUGGGAUUGCUGAUGGCUCUUGCUCUGGGUGCUGCGGGCGCAACUGGUUCGGUGUUUCUGGCUCCGGUGGCCCUGGGAGCUAUCGGCUUUACUUCAGCUGGGAUAGCGGCAGGUUCCUGGGCCGCGGGCAUGAUGUCCACCGCCGCCAUCGCCAACGGAGGAGGGGUGGCGGCAGGGAGCGCGGUGGCUAUCUUGCAGUCUGCCGGCAUGGCUGGUAUACCGGCUGCGGCCUCUGCAGCUGUGGGCGCUGCAGGUGCGGCUGCAGGAGGUGCGGCAGCACUCGCUGCUGCUAUCAUCUGAGGCCAAACCUUUUUGCCAAAUGAAUACCAUUUCAUAUAAUAUCAAUGAUGUGAUACGAAUAUGAAUCAUAAUGCAAUAAAUGAAAUUGGUCAAUUUCA